AUGCACGAGCUUCAUUCAGAUGAGUCGGAGCGCUUAUUGGCUCUGUUCAAGAACACAGUUUACGAGAAUCACUAUCUGACUGUAAGAUUCAAAUGGAGGAAUUCGAACGACCUUGCCAUCUGGGAUGACAGGAGCACUUUCCACACUGCUACCUACGACUACGACGGCCUUGGAGACAGAUUCGGUAACCGAGCCGUUGGUAUUGGCGAAGCACCUGACAUUGACCCAGACAGUAAGACAAGGCGUGAAGCAUUGUCGGAACCGUAG